AUGCCGACUGUCAUGAUAGGCUGGAUCAAGAGCUGUGUCACUACUCCGUCUUUCUCUAUCUCUUUGAAUGGGGGUUUAGUAGGGUACUUUAAAGGGGCUAAAGGGAUUCGUCAAUGUGACCCUUUAUCCCCAUAUAUGUUUGUCAUCACCAUGAACGUUUUAUCCAAGAUGUUUGACAAAGCUGCGGAGUUUGGAGUUAUCCAGUACAACCCUAAGUGCCACAGGGUAAAGCUCACCAAUCUUUGCUUCGCUGAUGAUUUGUUAGUGUUCUCCAAGGGUACUGCGGCUUCUAUUUUGGGUGUCUGGGAGGUUUUAAAGGUUUUUCAUAGUUUCUCUAGGUUGCAGUUAAAUGUUGGAAAAUCUGAAAUUUUCUUCUCUGGUAUGGAUGGAUCUAUGCAGAGUGAGGUCUGCGAUGUCACUGGGAUUAAAAGUGGGAAACUCCCUGUUCGGGAUUGUGGGCCGCUUGUUGAGAAGAUUGCUAGUAGACUUCAGGGUUGGCAAGCUAGAGUCCUUUCUUAUGCGGGUUCUUAUAGAAAGGUGAAGAUAAGCCAGUGA